CUGGGAGGUCAUCGCUAAGAGGCCAAGGUGGUAUGAUGACAGCGACUCAGAUUAGGUCUUCAGCCCCGUAUGAAGCAGGACUGACCAUCCAUCUGGAGACAGUUGCAUCUGAUGCCUGGAUUUCUCUUUGAAGCAGUGAGGGAUGGCCUUUGUAUGUGGAAGGGCUGGCAAUGCCCUGGGUAGCAUCUUGCAGGUUACGUCUUCCUCAUCUGCAACCAUGAAAUUCUCCCUCAUUGCCACUCUUGUCGUUGUGCUGGCUGUUGCCUAUGGCACCGAGGCCGGGUCACUGGUGAAGCGUGAUGCCCAGUCCGACUUGGAAGCGAUCACCAAGCUCAUCAGCAGCAUGUCCACCAGCAUCACCAGCGCAACCCAGGACAUGGUGGAGAAGGUGAAGACUCUCGAGAUGACCAACACUGCCCAGACUUACAUGGAGGACAGCAGGGCCAAGAUCCAGCCUCUGGUUGAGAAGGUCCAGGCCGAGGCCGCCAAGCUGCAGGAGCAGGUCAAGCCCUUCAUCGGCAACAUCGAGGACACCAUCAGGCCCAUGACCGAAAACUUCAACACUCAGGUCAAGCCUCUGACCGACAACUUCCACGCCCAGGUCAAGCCUCUGACCGACAUGAUGGAGAAGUUCUUCCAGCAGGUGAUGGACCAGACCAAGGCCCUGCUCCCACCCCAGUAAAACGUCUCGUGAUCCUCCUCUCUGUCUUCAUUCCAUCUGACAUGUGAUGUUUGAAUGUCAUCAUUAAAGGGGUUUGAAAGUCA